AGAGGUGCCAAUGAGCUUCUUGUUUUUCUUUUCCACCUCUUUUUUUGACAACAUUGUGCCCUAUCAAACAUUUCGACGGGGUAGUGCGAAGAGGGAUACCGAGUUGCCAGAAAGUGUCAUUCUGUUGCAUCCUACUGCUUGUAGCGCACGCGUUUGUUUUGAUUGGAGUGGGUGGUUUUGAUUUUCAGUUUUUUUGUAUUUUUAACAUGAAGUGUAUGGUUGUUGGGUGUGGGAGGACACGGCGGACUGAUCCCUUGCUCAGCUUUUACCGAUUCCCGAAGGAUCUGUGUAUCCGACGUGCAUGGAUCAGCUUUUGUGUGAACAGCACGGAUGAAGAACUUCACUUCAAUGUGAAAGGCAGUACCCGCGUUUGUGAGAUCCAUUUUGUCGACGGCAAUGCCAAAAACUAUACAACCGUACGAGGACCCAUUCCGGAUGAGCUUGGAGCAGAAAAUAAUGAGAACGUUGGAACACUAGUUUCCCGGUUGCGAGAGAAAGUGGUGAAAUUGGAACGGUAUUUUUUUAUAAUUAUUACUGUUUCCUGCUGA